GAUUGACGUGGGUUUCGCUGCGAAAUAGAAAAGAAUUCCCAAUGCAAUCCGCCAAAUCUUCGAACCGCGACGUCCGUCAUCGACGAACCAAGGCCAACGUGUUCUAGUCGUAUCGCGGUAACCAUAUCGGACAAAACAAAAAGAGAAGCAGAAGAAGGAAAAAGAAGAAGAUAGAAAGAAAUCAAGAAAAAAAUUCAGGAGCAACAGAUAUGGAAAAAGCUAUGGUUGUUGUGAUAAUAUUGUUACUAUCUAUGGUGACAACCAACGGACUGGAGAUCAAAUAUCUCCGUGGAAUAUCUCUCGAUGAUGCGGAAAAACAAUCGGUGGUUGACAAAGGAAUCGAUCGAGGCCUUGGGAACAAUGUUAAUCGGGAUUUAAUUGAAGAUGAGAACAAAGAAGAUCGUAAAAGCUUCGAUUUGGAACAACCUUCAAUAGCCGUAAUUGGGGAAACCGAUUUGAUGAAAAAGUAUCCAAACAUGGCUAAAUCUAUUCUACAAAGAUCAAAGUGUCCGAGUUUGAAAAUAUUAUUGGAUCUUUCGUCAGAAUGCAACAGAUCGGCACGGAAAUGUAACACUCGGAAGUAUCGUAGGCAAAUCGAGAAAUGGUCAAUCCCACAGCCAUUCUACGUUGACGAACCAAGAUGGGUCGAAAUCGAGCUCGAUUAUGAAGAGAAUCUACCAUAUUAUUUCAAUAACGAGAAGGAUUCUUUUUUCGUGACGCGUGGAAAAAAAAUCUUCAGACCGAAAAUCGAAGAACAAGAUUUUUCUAAAGCGAAUGAAAAUAAUCGCGAGAAGUUUCUCGAAAAAUCGAACGAAGAGUUCAUUGAGGAUACCAAGAUCAAGAGAAACGAAUCGAAAAGAAAGGAAGAGAGAAGGAAGGCUAUUGAAUUGGGUACUCGUCAAUUGGAAGAGUUGAUACGUAAUUUUGAGAGAACAGAAGAACCAUUUGUUUUAACACGAGGAAAGAAACUUCAUGUUCAGAAUCGCGAAUAUUCAACAUUAGACGAAAAUUUGAAAAAGGAGACAUUAGAAACGAAAUUACUUGAGAAAAUAAAAAAGCGUUCAGUAAUCAACGGACCUACGUAUUACAUGACUAUGAUUAAUAAAAAUACAAGUUCUUUUCUAAAUAGGAUGAACAACGUGACCUUGUCCAAAGAACAAUACCGUUUACGAACGAAAAGAAAUUCUUGCGAAAAUUUAGCCUGUCAUAUUGAUGAUUCCAAAAAGAUACGUUUGAUGAAGAAUCUUGAAAGGGCCAUUUCAGAUUCCGAACAAAAGGACAAACGUUCGGACAUUUAUGACAUAUUCGAGGAACCAUUCGUCAUUUCUAAAAACAAAAAGAAAUCAAAGAGUAUAGAUCAACGUAAGUCCAGAAUUGUACCGAUAGAUUAUGACGAAUCGUUCGAUUCUCUCGAGACUGCUAAACACAUUAUUCAACGAUUGAUCGAUUCUAGAAUAUGCACUAAAGAACAAUGCAAGAAUAUUAUGAAAUUUAUCAUGGAAAAUGAUAUGUUGAUGACUAACAGAGAUCGUAGAAACGUCCUUGACGAAUUGCUCAGAAAAUACGAUCAGUUUUACGUCGUUAAGGGUAAGAGAAUUUAUUCGAGUAAUUCUUUAGAAGAAGAUCGACUUAAAUCCAACGUGGAUUAACGCAAUGAACUCUCUUCGAAAGGUUGU